ACACGACGGUCGGACGCCCGGAUGGUCGAUGGAAGAUACAUGGCAAUAUUAGCAUCUGAUCUGUAAUUGUGCUCGUUUCCCUCUCUCACUUCGGUUUCGGUGCACACAGUCUCAGCAUAGUUAAAAAAAGAAACAAAUCCCAAGACUCUCCUCCGAAGGUUUUUAACUUUACUGACCUUAUUCUCUCGAUCACGAAUCUCAAGUUCGUGAAUUGUUUGCAAACUUUCAAUAUGUCAAACAAACAUAAGGGAAGCUUGUCAAGGGAUUUGUUGACUAGGCGACUGGUAUAUUUAUAACAUGAUAAACGAUUGUGAUAUUUAUGGUUGUGUUAAAAUAAUAAAGAUGCAAUAAACAGAAUUGAGUGCUCCGUAUUACAUUUUGACGUGUCAAAAUAAUUAAGAGUUUUGUCCGAGUUAAAAAUGUCCAAUUCAGAGGCUGGUGUGGGAUGCAUUAGUGAGGUAACACUCGCAAUUAGCAAAGCAAGAAGUUCUCAGGCAGGCACCGUGAGAGUUCUUGAUAGCCCCGACUCCAAUGGAUCUGGCCAUUCAAAUUCAUUUACCGUACAGCGAUUUAAUUACACUAAUGAUAACAAUACCAAUUCGGAUAUUCUUCAGUCACCCCUUACCAGCGAUGACUUGAGAAUACCUAUUGUUGGUUAUGAAAUCAUGGAGGAAAGAGCUAGAUUUACAGUCUACAAACUUCGAGUUGAAUUGAAAAAUGGUGAUUGCUGGUUUGUGUUCCGGAGGUACACGGACUUUGUUCGAUUACUAGCUCAAUUGAAGAGGCAAAAAGUUCCUAUUGCUCAUUUGGCAUUACCGAGAAAGAAAUGGCUUGGUGACAAUUUUGCUCCAAGUUUUUUAGAAGAAAGGAUAUGUGGCCUUCAGACAUUUGUUAAUGGCAUAUUGAGUAGCCCGCUUCUCAUAGGCGUCUCAUGUGUAAGAGAAUUCUUUUGUUUGGAUGAGCCUCCCGUUUUAUCUGAUACAGCAGAGGAAUCUAGAGCAAUAUUUGAAGCACUGGAAGAUACGAUAUAUAAUUUGAGACAACAAUUAAGAGAACGCGAUGCGGCACUUUCAUCUGAAAAGACUAUAUGUAAUGAAUUCCGGAAAAAGCUUCAUCAGAUAUUAAGUGAAAGACAAACCUGUUCAAAAUGUGGUGCAACUCAAUAGUAAUUUUAUAUAUAGACUGGAUCAUAAUAUUUUAUAAGAGAUAAUAUUGGAUAAGAUCUGAUAGAGUUAAUCUGUACAAAUUUUAAAUCAAUACUGUUAUAAAAAAAUUCUAGAUGAUAUAGAAAAUAUUUUUUAUAUAUAAGAACU